GUCUCUAAAGGAACACAGUUAUGUGAUGAGUUAAUGAUCUGAGGAUUUUACUUUAAAUUCAGAAUUGACAAUUUGCGGACGGUCCCUAUCGUCAGUAGGCCAUCUCUAUCUUUACUGUCAAUCGGAGCGGUGUUUCCACAGCACUGCGCGCUGUAGGGUUAACUGCAUUUAACUGCAUUUUCUGCGCCACCAUGUGAGAUUUGCGGCCCUGACGGAUCGAGCUGCGGGUCAUCGGUGAGUUCGGAAGGGACGCGUCCAGCCGGGUCCACCUCCAGCAGCCGGUGCUGCAUCUACAGCAGAGGACCCGACCAUCUGCGGCGGAGCGGGGGAAGUCUGCUAAUCCGCUUAAUGCCGCACCGCACACCGGGGGCCCUGCUGCUGGAAACAAUGCGAAGAAAGGACGACUUCCUGGGCUCGGCGAGGAAUGAGAUGUAAAAUGGGGCGUUGUUCGGAUCAGCUGGAGUACAAAUAGCGGAAUCAGCCCGCCUGAAGGAAUGUUCACCCUCACAGAAGUAGCUUCUCUUAAUGACAUCCAGCCAACCUAUCGGAUUCUGAAACCAUGGUGGGAUGUCUUUAUGGAUUAUCUUGGUAUCGUCAUGCUGAUGUUGGCCAUAUUUUCUGGAACCAUGCAGCUGACGAAGGACCAGGUCGUUUGCCUUCCCAUCUUGGAGCAAGCGCAAGAUGGGUCAGGGGGCUUCUUGGAAACCCACACACCUGAGCCGAGUGAUGGUUUCUGGAACAAGGAGAAUGCAAUCGGGGAGCAAGCUGCACCUUUAAUGUCAAAACGACCUCCAAAAGGCAUUGUACCUUCAAAUCCCUUCCCACAGUCGUCUGCGUUCAUGCAGCCACCGCCUAAAGGGGUCCGAACCAAACUGGAUUUUCAGCAGUAUGUUUUUGUCAACCAGAUGUGCUACCAUGUUGCCCUUCCUUGGUACUCUAAAUAUUUCCCUUACCUUGCUUUAAUUCAUACUAUUGUAUUGAUGGUCAGCAGCAACUUCUGGUUCAAAUACCCAAAGACAAGUUCAAAAGUUGAACAUUUUGUUUCCAUACUUGGAAAAUGCUUUGAGUCACCUUGGACUACCAAAGCCCUAUCCGAGACUGCGUGCGAGGACUCUGAGGAGAAUAAGCAGAGGCUGGCUGGUGCUUCCACCCUCCUGAAACAUCUGUCCACCAGCAGCGAGGAGGGCAGUCCAAACCAGUCAGCCCCAGCAGGAAACAAAUCAGGAGUUGCCUUUUCUGCCGAAAAGCUUGUGAGUGAGGUUCCUUCCAUGACCAUUCUAGACAAGAAAGACGGUGAGCAGGCCAAAGCCCUGUUUGAGAAGGUCCGGAAAUUCCGUGCACACGUUGAAGACAGUGAUUUGAUAUACAGACUGUAUGCCAUUCAGACGGUCAUCAAAACUGUGAAAUUUAUUUUGAUCCUGUGCUACACAAUGACAUUUGUGGCAUCUAUUGACUUUGACCAUGUGUGCGAACCGGAAAUAAAGCAUUUGACGGGAUAUUCCAAGUUUCAGUGCACCCAUAACAUGGCUUUUAUGUUAAAGAAACUCCUUGUCUGUUACAUUGCACUCAUAUGUGUUUAUGGCAUUAUCUGCAUUUACACACUGUUUUGGCUCUUUCGCCGACCUCUGAAAGAGUAUUCCUUUGAGAAGGUCAGAGAGGAGAGCAGUUUCAGUGAUAUUCCUGAUGUUAAGAACGACUUUGCAUUCCUCCUCCACAUGGUUGAUCAGUAUGACCUGUUGUACUCGAAGCGCUUCGGUGUUUUUCUGUCUGAGGUGAGUGAGAACAAACUGAGAGAGAUUAGCCUUAACCAUGAGUGGACUUUUGAGAAGUUACGGCAGCAUUUGACCCGCAAUCCUCAAGAUAAACUGGAGCUUCAUCUUUUCAUGCUGUCCGGAGUCCCCGAUGCUGUGUUUGAUCUUGCGGACUUAGAAAUCUUGAAAUUAGAAUUAAUUCCAGAGGCCAAGAUCACAGCUAAGAUCUCACAAAUGAUCAACCUCCAGGAGUUGCAUUUUUACCACUGUCCGGCCAAAGUUGAGCAGACGGCUUUUAUUUUCCUCUGUGAUCACCUCCGGUGCCUUCAUGUCAAGUUCACAGAUGUUGCUGAGAUUCCUAGCUGGGUGUACUUGUUGAAGAAUUUACGGGAGCUGUAUUUAGUUGGCAACCUGAACUCUGAAAACAACAAACUGAUCGGACUCGAGUCUUUGCGAGAUCUCCGGCACCUGAAGAUUUUGCACCUUAAAAGCAAUCUGACAAAGAUCCCGACAAACAUUACGGACCUUUCUCCACACCUGGUUAGAUUAGUCAUUCACAAUGAUGGCACGAAGCUCUUAGUGCUGAAUACUUUAAAGAAGAUGAUUAAUCUUGCAGAGCUCGAGUUGCAUAACUGUGAGCUGGAGCGCAUACCCCAUGCCAUCUUCAGUCUGAACAACCUUCAGGAACUUGAUCUAAAAUCAAACAACAUCCGCACUAUUGAAGAAGUCAUCAGCUUCCAGCACCUCAAAAGACUAACUUGUCUCAAACUGUGGUACAACAAAAUCAUCAGUAUUCCACUGUCAAUUAGUCAUGUGAAAAACCUGGAGUCUCUCUAUCUGUCACACAACAAACUAGAGUCUCUGCCCUCGCCGUUGUUCACUCUCCUCAAGUUAAGGUACCUCGACCUUAGUCAUAAUUCCGUGGCGGUAAUCCCACCGGAGGUUGGCUUCCUGCAAAACCUCCAACAUUUUGCCAUUACAGGAAACAAAGUCGAGGUAGUCCCCAAGCAGCUGUUCAAGUGCGUCAAGUUAAGGACAUUAUGUCUCGGCCACAACUGCAUCACCUCCAUCCCAGAGAAAAUUGGCCACCUCUCACAGCUCACGCACCUGGAAUUGAAGGGAAACUGCCUGGAUCGUCUACCGGUUCAGCUAGGUCACUGCAGCCUCCUCAACAGGAGCUGUCUGCUCGUAGAGGACCAUCUCUUUGACUCCCUGCCUAUUGAAGUCAAAGAGAGCAUAAAUCAGGAAGCUAGUGUUUCCUUUCCAAAUGGGUGUAAAUGUUUAAUGGAAGGGCGGUAAUUUAGUGAAAUUUUAUGUCUUUUUUCCUGUUGUUUCCAGCACACAAAAGAAAUUGUAGUUUAACCUUGAGCGCACACAACAGAUUAGCAUAGCCCAAAGCCUAUAAGUGUGGUGUUAUGAAGAUAAUUUAGUGAAAGCCCUAGCAGUAUUAUGGCCUGCCUCAUGUUUGGAUAUAAUCUUCUUCUAUUUUUGUGUCUGGAUCAUGUGAAAACAUAUUGAGAAUUGAAACACGUCUUUCCUAAUCUUUUGCAUGCCAGCAUAUGCUUUGUGAAUUUAGGGAACUUUAUAACCACAACACAAAUCCCUUAAUAUCACUUGGUUUUAAUUUACAUUUUUGGUAGAUUAGCUAGUUUCCCUAAGGCAUGUUUUUUGGCAGUAUUUUUCAAAAUGUACCAGUGCACUAAAUUUCAGUGAGUACCACGUUUUGGUCAGUAAAAAAAAUUGACCUAGGGGUUUUCCUCUGCCCAUGUACUGUAUUCCACCUAAGCUUUGGUAACUUGCUAACAGUAGCUUUCUGGUUAACAUACCUCAAUUUUCUGAUGUACAUCCCUACAAAAAUGACCCGUCUUCCCAAUAUGUCA